GGGGCCCACCCCUCCGGGUUUUGCCGGAGUCCCCUGCCCGCCUGUCCCCCUCAAGGCGCCGCGACCCCCCGGCCUGGCCGUACGGCCCGCCGGGGCCAUGGCGAAGAAGAGCGCCGAGAACGGCAUCUACAGCGUGUCGGGCGAUGAGAAGAAGGGUCCCCUCAUCGCAUCCGGGCCCGAUGGGGCCCCGGCCAAGGGCGAUGGCCCUGCCGGCCCGGGGAUGCCCGUCGGCCAUAUCGCCGUGCCACCGCGCGAGACCUGGACACGCCAGAUGGACUUCAUCAUGUCUUGCGUGGGCUUCGCCGUGGGCCUGGGCAACGUGUGGCGCUUCCCCUACCUGUGCUAUAAGAACGGCGGAGGUGUGUUCCUUAUUCCCUAUGUUCUGAUCGCCCUGGUUGGAGGAAUUCCCAUUUUCUUCCUGGAAAUCUCACUGGGCCAGUUCAUGAAGGCUGGCAGCAUCAACGUCUGGAACAUCUGUCCCCUAUUCAAAGGCCUGGGCUAUGCCUCCAUGGUGAUCGUCUUCUACUGCAACACCUACUACAUCAUGGUGCUGGCCUGGGGUUUCUAUUACCUGGUAAAGUCCUUCACCACCACUUUGCCCUGGGCCACAUGUGGCCAUACCUGGAACACUCCUGACUGUGUGGAGAUCUUUCGCCACGAAGACUGUGCCAAUGCCACCCUGGCCAACCUCACAUGUGACCAGCUUGCUGACCGCCGGUCCCCUGUCAUCGAGUUCUGGGAGAACAAAGUCUUGCGGCUCUCUGCAGGGCUGGAGGUGCCAGGGGCCCUCAAUUGGGAAGUGACCCUGUGCCUGCUUGCCUGCUGGGUGCUGGUAUACUUCUGCGUGUGGAAAGGGGUCAAGUCAACAGGAAAGAUCGUGUACUUCACUGCUACAUUCCCCUAUGUGGUCCUCGUCGUGCUGUUGGUGCGAGGAGUGCUAUUGCCUGGAGCCUUGGAUGGCAUCAUCUACUAUCUCAAGCCUGACUGGUCAAAGCUGGGGUCCCCUCAGGUAUGGAUAGAUGCUGGGACCCAGAUUUUCUUUUCUUAUGCCAUUGGCCUGGGGGCCCUCACAGCCCUGGGAAGCUACAACCGCUUCAACAAUAACUGCUACAAGGAUGCCAUCAUCCUGGCACUCAUCAACAGUGGUACCAGUUUCUUUGCUGGCUUCGUGGUCUUUUCCAUCCUGGGCUUCAUGGCCACAGAGCAGGGUGUGCACAUCUCCAAGGUGGCAGAAUCAGGGCCCGGCCUGGCCUUCAUCGCCUACCCCAGAGCUGUCACACUAAUGCCUGUGGCCCCGCUCUGGGCUGCCCUGUUUUUCUUCAUGCUGCUGCUGCUUGGUCUGGAUAGCCAGUUUGUAGGUGUGGAAGGCUUCAUCACUGGGAUUUUGGACCUCCUCCCGGCCUCCUACUACUUCCGUUUCCAAAGGGAGAUCUCUGUGGCUCUCUGUUGCGUCCUCUGCUUUGUCAUCGAUCUCUCCAUGGUGACAGAUGGCGGGAUGUAUGUCUUCCAGCUGUUUGACUACUACUCAGCCAGUGGUACCACCCUGCUCUGGCAAGCCUUUUGGGAAUGUGUGGUAGUGGCCUGGGUUUAUGGAGCCGACCGCUUCAUGGAUGACAUUGCAUGUAUGAUUGGGUACCGACCUUGCCCCUGGAUGAAAUGGUGCUGGUCCUUCUUCACCCCGCUGGUUUGCAUGGGGAUCUUCAUCUUCAACGUUGUAUAUUACAAGCCACUGGUCUACAAUAAUACCUAUGUAUACCCAUGGUGGGGUGAGGCCAUAGGCUGGGCCUUCGCACUCUCCUCGAUGCUGUGUGUGCCCCUUCAUCUGCUGGGAUGCCUCCUUAGGGCCAAGGGAACUAUAGCAGAGCGUUGGCAGCACCUGACCCAGCCUAUCUGGGGCCUCCACCACUUGGAGUACAGAGCUCAGGAUGCAGAUGUCAGGGGCCUGACCACCCUGACCCCAGUGUCUGAGAGCAGCAAGGUCGUUGUGGUGGAGAGUGUCAUGUGACAUGCACCCCCAGCUCACAUCACCAGCUCAUCCUCUGGUAGCCAUAGCAGCCCCUGCUUUAUUUAGCCCCUACCCCACCCUUCUAGGGGCUUGCCUUUCCUUGAGUUUUGGGGUCUGCCUGGGGGGGAGGGGAGAAAAGCACUAUGAGUGCUAAAAUAACUUUUUUCCAUUUUUAAUAAAACGCCAAAAAUAUCACAACCCACCAAAAAUAGAUGCCUCUCCUCCCCUCCCCCCAGCCCCUAGCCAACCUAGUCCACACAAGGCUCCCAGGCUCUACCUCCCACCCUUCCCCUACUGCCUAGGACCCACCUCCUUACCAUUAGCCCACUCUGCCUACCUCCCAGGCUCUGCUCUGUAGUAUGCCCUCACCCCAAAAGCAGCAGUGGCAGCUUGGGGAAUAGAGGGGGGGGUGAGGGGUGAAGCAGGAUGGAAGAGGCAAGGGAGAAGCAGCAGAACCAAGGCUUUCAAAUGUUUCAGCUGGACUAGACCCCCUAUCCCUAUCCCUAUUCUAGCUCAGAGAGCCAGACAGCAAGGGAACCUUCUGGUCCCUGCACCAACAGCCACCAAUAUCAAUUGUGUGAGUGUGUGAGCGUAUAUGCGUAUGUGACAUAGAUCUUUCUCUUAGCGAAGGUGAAUACCAGAUGUAAAUGGUGCCUCUGAGCCAAGGAGGCUUGUAUUUUGCACAUUUUAUAAAAACUUGAGGAGUGAGAUUUCUGCUUGUAUAUUUCUAAACAGAAAAGAGCCCGAACCAUCCUUUCAUUACCUUCUCCCUUCCUUGCAGCCCCUCCCCUUCUUUGCCCCUAGCCAAGGAGUGUGAAUUUAUAGAUCUAAUUUUCAUAGGCAAAACAAAGCUUCAAGCUUCAGGCUGUUGAGUGAGAGUAUGUUGUAUGGAUGUGUGUGGAUGUACUCUCCAGCCCCAAAAUGGGGUGGGAAAGUGCUUGGUGGGAGCCAUAGGGGGUGUCUUCACAUUGCCCCUUUGCACUUAAGUCUGCAGGGUGGGGAUGCUGUCAUUCAGUUCCAGGAAUCUGGGACUAUUCACCUGGCAUGCUCAGGCUAGCCCAUACCCUGCUCCCUGGGCUGGGCCUGACUGCAGGGAUCAUCCAUGGGCACAGCCCAGGAAAGGGAUCCCAGGCUCCGGCCUCCAAGCUUAAAGGCUGAUGUACUUUUCCUAUCUCCAGUCUUCCGUGUAGCAGCUUUAACCCACAUCUGUGUCCUAUCAAGCCCAAACAGCUGAGUGGCCCCUAGAAAGGAUCUCUCCCUAAGGGGAUAGACUUAUGCCUAAUGGGUGGGGCCAGGUGAGGGAUGGGCCUAUGGAGGACGUUCUUACUGUGCUAAAAAGCCACUGCAAACAUAGCAAUAAAAACACAUCAUUUUCCAAA